UAACGAUCUUAUAAAGGGCUUUCACCCCUUAAUAAACUGCAAGCAAAGCAAGCAUCCCCGACUUUGCUGGAAGGAAGGGUUGAAGUGAUGGUGAUGAUGACGACAAUCGGGGUGCCAUAAGCACUUAGGUUUUGGGUCGGUCGGGUUUGUGAAUAUGAUUAUGAAACGAAAUUGUUUUUGAGCUUUCCUGGUUUCGUGGGAUGUGCAGGAAGUGGCCGGGACGGAAGACGGGGGGACAUCUGAAUUGUAGGAUAAGGGGAGGGAAGAGUUUAUAUAUCAUGGGGACAUAAAACAAUCCUAGGGACAUUGUCCCCACGCUUCCGCAGCCACUGUGCUUAGUUGUGCACAAGUCUUUAUUAGAGUACACAAAAGCUGUAACAAUGAUAAUAAUAACGCCAACAACUUGAACUCUGGACGUAAUAUGGGAGAAAAGCAGGAACGGGUUUAGGUUAUGUUAUGUUCCGGUGUGACAGGGAAGUUUGAUGGUUAAUGUAUUCAAUUCUUUAUUAUCACACAAUAUCAGACAGACCUGCAUUCGGGGUGAAUCGCAUUGGAUGUGAUGAUGAGCACGGGACAAAGUUGAGGAAGGAAGAGGAGGAAAUUUUCAUGGAAGUGAAUACGUACACACGAAGCAUUUUGGAUAGAAUUUAGUCGACGGAGGAGGACGAGUCUUGUGUGUCAUGUUAUGGUGUGGUUGGUGACACUAAUUGAACUUGACUCGCUUCCCCCGAUAUCCAAUUUGGUUGGGAAUUGUCAACAUUUCCAUCCUAAUGGAAACACUCAACUUGUCACGGGUUGCUUGGUGGUGGUGCUGGAAUGACGCGUUUCCUCCAUCCCUCGCAAAGAACACGAUUUAAAAUUCUCCCAAAAAUGGGGCUAAAACACGAGAAUGACGACUUCCAGCAGGGAUUUUUGGGAUUUUAAACCAUGAAAUUAAAUUGAAUGCAUGCAAAUGAUGUGAUGUGACUCAUUCAAGUGGAUCGUUAGUUGGUUGGUGGAUGUACACAAUAAAAUUUAAUGCGCUUUUCACGGAAAAAUACAUACAUAGAGAUAAACAUUGAGAUGAACAUUGCAAUUCACGCACCCUUGGUAACUACGUAAACAGCGUAAAAUCCGUAAACUUACGAACGUUUACAAACAGCUUCCCGUGAAUUCACUUUUGUAAUUAUUUUCGUAAAAAUUUAUCUGAUAAUCGAAACAAAAUGCCGAUUAUUUCCAGAAAACGGAAAUUAAUGGAAGAAAUUUGUGAAGCUGCAUUUAUUGAUAUAAUAAAUAGUCCUACACAGGCAGAUAUCAUUUUCGAUAACGCGAUAGAUGAUGUUCUGACCAUUUCAACGUACCGUCUUUCUGUUCCACGAUUAUUUGUCCCGAAGUCAGAUGAUUGGUUCCGAAGAAUCUUGCCAAACUACUCCGACCACUAUUUCAAAAAAUUUAUGCGAGUCUCUCGAAAGGAUUUCACUCUCAUUCUGCGGAUGAUAGAAAACAGCAACGUCUUUAAGUCCAACAGUCGUCAACAACUAAAAGUCGACCAGCAACUCGCCAUAACUUUUCAUAAGUUAGGGCAUGACGGAACCGGAAGCGGGGUAUCUACUACGGCAGCGUUGUUUGGAGUUGGUGGGGGUGGUACCAUAUUGAAAGUGGUCACUCGAGUUCUAAAGGCAAUUUUAGAAUUAGAAAAAGAUUGGAUAAGAUGGCCAGACGAAACCGAACGAUUGGAAAUUGCAAGGAAUAUGGUUGACCAACUUCCAAAUUGUAUUGGAUAUAUUGACGGAUCUCACAUCAACCUUGAAGAAGCACCACUGGAUGACCCCGAGUCAUAUUUUACGCGAAAGCAGCGGUACGCCAUCCAACUGCAAGCCGUUUGUGACAACAAUAAGAUGAUCAGGAGCAUUUUUGUCGGAUAUCCGGGCUCGGUUCAUGAUGCUAGAGUUUUUGAUAACUCAGAAAUCGGGAAAAAUCCAGAAAAAUUUUUGGACAGAGGUCAGUGGAUUGCCGGGGAUUCAGCCUACAAAAAUACGGACUACAUGAUAACACCGUUCAAAAAUAAUGCGUCAACUGGAACCACUGCGGAGAGACGGCGAUUUAACAAGUAUUUUUCGGGAUUUCGUGUCAAGAUAGAAUGCUGCUUUGGAAUUAUUAAAGAAACUUUUGGGAGUUUAAAGGAAUUGCGAAUUCGUGUGGAUAGGUCAAAUGGACACACGCUGGCUUGUUCGUGGAUCAGGGGGUGUAUUAUUUUGUACAACAUUCUGAAGGACUCGUUUACUGAAUCGGAGGAAAUUAAUAUAGAAGUUGAUGAUGAUGCCCAAGAAGGAAAUCAUGACCAAGGGGAUGAUUACAAACGCAACGCUUUAUUUCAAUUUGUUAAUGGAAAACUCAACAUGAUGUGAUUACCUCAGCAUUUUAAUAAUUCAAAGCAUUUUAAUCAUUAAUAAACCUUAGAUUUGUUCUGCUUUAAUCUGUGCCAACUCCAAUUUCAAACUGCAUUCUUUAUCGAUUCGGUAUCGCGAUAUUUCCAUCUCAUUUUGUAAUUUCAAUUCUUCCAAAGCUAAUUUUCUCUCUUGCAAUUUUUGUUCAUCUUCAUACUGCCUCAAUUUCAGUUCAUAUUCCAAAUUUUUUAGUCUUUUUUCUUCUUCCCAUUUAUCCCUGGCUAAAAUUAUCUCUUGCUUUUGAAGUUCAGUUCGAAUUAUGGACGCUUCAGCUAAAGCAGAUAUUCCGGAAUCAGCGUGCUUUCGUUUUCCGAGGUCUUUUCUUGCUGAAGUAAGAUUAUUUGCGAUCAAUUUCCCUGGAGUUGAUGGCUUCUGGGAGACAGUUUCAACAUCCACAUUAAUUUCGGUUUCCGGUAUUUCUUCAUCUUCAGCAUUCAGUUCAUCAUCUCGUCCAAAAUCACUCCACGAUUGUGCUUGAAGAGUUCCCGAGGAGGAAUCGUGAAGAUGUGGUGGGUCGAAUGUAGCUUUUUCACCAUAAAUUUCAUCGAGUUCGUCGAAUAGUGGACACAUAUUGAGCAACGUCCCUGGGGAAAGCAAGAAUGUCAAAGUAUACAUACAUAUGUAUAGGAGCAAAAAAUAGUUUAGUACUUUUAACAGAUUGUUCCCCUUCUAAUUCCAGCACGCCUUGACCAGUCCUAUUUCGCCAUUCCAUUUGUAAUGCAAGUAUUUCUUGCUUUUAUCCCAUUAAAAUUGCUAAACGUGUCUAGAUUCUAGAAGUUACAAACUGACGAUGAGAUUAUUGUUGUGUAAAAAUCAAACAUUUUUUUCCGAUGAUGUUUUUUUUUGUACGGGAAAUAUUUACAGCCUGAGGAAACAGGUCAAAUCAAAAUGUUUGAUGUUUGAUCCUUCCUUCGUGAUGAACCAGUAAUAACGAUCCUCUCUCUGCCCAAUUUAUUUAUGCAUCCAGCAAAACCAUUAACUAAACAUUUACAUACAAAAGCCAUAUGCAUUUCAUUCCAUAUUUUCAAACUGCUAUAUAUUUCUCGCCAUAAAAAUAUUUGGACUUUAUUUCCACCCCUGUUUGAAACUUUGGGAGACAGUUUGUAAAAUAUUGUGGAAUUCGUGUUCCAAACUCUGUGGCUGGCACUUACGCAAGAAGAAGAAGAAGAAAGAAUGAUGACACCAGGAUUUAUAUAGAGUUGCAACUGCUCUUGCAACAUUAAAAUUGUAAAGUUGAAACCGUAAAUGCAUAUUUAAAUAUAUAAGCUGCUCGUGAAGAGGGGAAAGGUUAGCCAAGUGCAACUUUUAAGGUAAAAAUAGCCACAACACCCAACAUUCCCCGAUUUGGAGGGUGGGUAACUUAUCUUUUUCCUAAUAAGGUGCACAUGCACCACACAUCAGACGCAUUAUACAACAUGCAUUCAUGUUAUUUUCUCCAAAAUCUUCUCUGGAGAAGAGAGAGAAGAUUUUUUUAUGUUGUUGGUGCAUCGUGUUAAAAGGAUGAUGUGAUAUGCAUCGCGUGUUCUUAUUCUCGUCAUCAUCGCCGAGAGAGAGUCCUCAUCGACAUGUCCUUAUUUCAAAGGAUUUACUUAGUUAGUUAGUAGACACACACACAUUCUAAAUUUAACGGGUGCAGCAGAAACAAAGUGAAACUUGGGAGCGAUGCUUAUCUCUUCUCUGCCCCCAAGUUCUGUUCUGGGGAAAAUGCGUUGAAUGUGUGAAUUUCAUGGAGCG